ACUCCCCGGCUCCCCCGUUCCUUCUCCCCGCUCCGUUCGUCAGAUUGUCUCUUGGGACGGCCGCACUCGGUCCUCCAGGAUCUGCUGAAGGCACGCACUGGCUUUUUCAGUUUCCCUUUCCUUUUCUUGGCAACACGCAUAUCCAAGAAAUCUGCAGAAAUCACUAGGCAAAUUGGGAUUUUGGGCCCAAAUCUUUCCUCAUACAAUUGGUAGCUGAUUGGCCGCGUGAUUCGAGCGCCAACAUUAGCCUCCGCUUGUUGAAAUCUUUGUCCGGUGUGGUGGACUCGGUCGUUGAAACCCGUCACCUGAUUACUUGGGUUGUUUCCCUUGCUGUUGAGCUUUGUGAUGUGAAGCCGCCAAUUGUUCAUUACAUUUUGGAACGUUUACUGUCUGGUGAACAUUCUGCUCUGAUGGCGAAGCAGUAUUACGCUACGAGCAGCCUCGUGGUUGGGUACGCUCUGUGCUCGAGUCUGCUCUCAAUCAUCAACAAGUAUGCUGUGACAAAGUUCGGUUACCCUGGCCUCCUAACUGCUCUACAGUACUUGACAUCUGCUGGUGGUGUUUGGAUCCUUGGAAAGCUCGGCUUUCUCACCCAUGACCCCUUCAACUUGGAGACUGCAAAAAAGUUUGCACCGGCUGCUCUUGUCUUCUACCUAGCCAUAUUCACCAAUACAAAUCUCCUCCGCCAUGCCAAUGUAGAUACGUUCAUAGUUUUCAGAUCCUUGACCCCGCUUUUGGUUGCUAUUGCCGACACAACUUUCAGGAAGCAACCAUGUCCAUCAAAGUUCACAUUCCUAUCCCUUGUGGUCAUCUUGGGAGGAGCAGUUGGCUAUGUGAUGACAGAUUCAGCAUUCAGCAUCACAGCAUACUCAUGGGCACUUGCAUAUCUGGUGACCAUAACAACUGAAAUGGUGUACAUCAAGCACAUUGUGACAAACCUGGGGCUCAACACCUGGGGCUUUGUGCUUUACAACAACUUUCUUUCCUUGAUGCUGGCCCCGAUCUUUUGGUUCCUUACAGGGGAGCACAAGUCAGUCUUUGCAGCGAUGGAAUCAAGGGGCGAAGGCUGGUUUCACCUGGAUGCCUUUGUAGCAGUGGCAUUGUCAUGCGUGUUUGGGUUGCUCAUUAGUUUCUUUGGUUUUGCAGCGAGAAGAGCUGUAUCAGCAACCGCAUUUACCGUCACUGGGGUUGUGAAUAAGUUCCUCACCGUGGCUAUCAAUGUCAUGAUCUGGGACAAGCAUGCAACUGCAUAUGGUUUGGUUUGCUUACUGUUCACUAUUGUCGGUGGAGUACUCUAUCAGCAAUCAGUUACAGUGAAAGGAAACAGCGCAGCGCAGCGUGAGCUGGUACCCGAACAACCUAAGGAGGGCAAUGACAGCAAAGAGUUUGAUGAGGAGAAACAAAGCUUAGUUUCUUCAGCUAAAUAAUACAGUGCACAAAUCACUUGCAUGUAGGAUUCGUUUGCAGAUUUAUUCUUUGGCCUUUGAAUAGGCUGGUUUAUGUGUCUGAUCCUUGAAACGAAUCAAACAUGAGGGAAUACUAGUGGAAGUAGUACUUCCGUCGAAGGUAGUUCUGCUGUUGUUUUGGAUUGCACUAAAACUGCAAUACUAUGUUCACUACUGAUAUGUAGGUCUGCUAGUGUAGCUGAUAAAAGCAGUUUUUGAUAUUGCAUAUUUUCUUUUUCAAAAUUUCAUUUUAUGUGUCUGACAGUUGUUCUACGAUAAAUAUUGCUCUUCAAUAUUCUUUAGUAAAAUGACUUAGCAUGGAGUAAUUUACAGUGCUUGAUGCAGUCCUGUGGCA